AUGGCAGCUGAUGUUUCCAAUGAGGCUGUUUUAACACGACAACCCAGCUGGCCUCAGGUGUUCAGUGGUGAGAGAGUCACUCUGACAUGUGAGAUCGUCGGAGGGGAGAACACCAAGUGGGUGUACGAAUGGAGUGGAACCAAGUCAUAUAUACACUGGACAUACAAUGAUUACUAUUUCUUCAGUGUUUUGGAGUCCAACAGUCGAGACUACAUGUGUAGGGGUAGACGCAUAGAGGACCUCUAUUCUUUAACUGAGUGGAGUAAAGCCAUCUCACUGUCAGCAUCACAUAAACCACAGGCUCUGUUAAAUGCUGACGUCAGAGACAUUCCAGUAGGAGGCAGUGUGACCCUCAGCUGCUCAGUGAACCAAUCAUCUGGAUGGGAAUACUUCUGGUACAGAGAUAACAAAUCCUCUGAACCCCUGAGCAAAGAAGAUGCUGCUUUCCGUUCAAAUGGACGAAUCAGUGUCUCACUGGGAGGACUGUACUGGUGCCGAGGAGGAAGAGGAGACCCUGUUUAUUACACAGAGUACAGCGAACCAGUUGGAAUCAGAAAAAAUGAAACCAAAGCUGUCCUCAUUCUGUCUCCAUCAUGGCUGAUUCCUGGAACCUCAGUAAUUCUCAACUGUAAGGUUCAACAUCCGUCUGUAGGAUGGAAGUUCUUCUGGUAUAAGACUGUUCCCAAAGUAUCAGGAAACUACAGUUAUGAGCUGCUGCCUGGUAGCACCAGUGGGACUGAGCAAGAUUCCUACAUUAUUCAUGGACAGACACAUACAGCUGGAUACGCAUGUCGAGCUGGAAAAGGAGACCCAGUGUAUUACACUGAGUACAGUGAACCAAAGUUUGUCUGGUCUGGAGAUCUUCAUUCAGCACUGUCUCUUACAGUGAAUCCUGACACAGUGCAGCACUUUCACAAUGACUUUGUUUUACUAAGCUGUGGGGAAAACUCUUCUGAAAGGAGGUUGAGCAGGUAUUCUGAAGACGGCUUCCUGGAACACUGUUGUAGGUGGGGAACAAAGAAUGGAUCAACACGUAAUGUUCAUGGGAUACGUUACGGUACUGUAGUGUAUUGGUGUGAGUCUGGAUCAGCAUUCAGCAAUGCAGUCAACAUCACUGGACAGGAUGAUGAUGAUGGUAUUAUCCUGGUGAGCCCUGUCCAUCCUGUGACUGAGGGAGAUUCUGUUAUUCUUGGCUGCAAGUUGAGGACAGAAAAUGUUCUCUCUGAUGUGUUAUUCUAUAAAAAUGACAGACUCAUCCAAAGUGAUGCCAGAGGAGAGCUGAGCAUCCCUGCAGUGUCAAAGACAGAUGAAGGUCUCUACAAAUGCCAGUACUCGGGAAAAGAAUCACCACAGAGUUGGAUGGCAGUGAAAUGUAAGUAA